UACCAAGUCGCCGAAUUCUGAUCAGCAGGUAGCAUUGAUGGAUAUGAAACAUCCGACGAUGACCUCGACCAGUUCAGAGUGGCCAUUUGGUCCCGAAGUAGAUUAUUCCUGCCGUCCUUCUAACUACAGUGGUGGGUUUAUUGUCCAUUUGCAGGGCAACACGGCCCCUCCAAUGGUUACUGCUGUGGAACUCAGUGAAAUCGCCAUUCCCGAUAUGCUCAACUCAGUGAAUCAAGGAAACGACAACCGCAGCAGCCGUCUCAUCGGAAACAGCAACAACAGCAGCAAUGGUGGAAGCAACAGCAGCAAUGCCAGCAACACUCCCAACGCCGCAAACAACUGCAAUAAUAAUGUCAGCAAUAACAUGAACGGUAAUAGCAACAUCAGCAUCACAAAUGGUAACAACGGCAGCAAUACAACCACUAAUAACAUCCAUCACCAUCAUACAGCACAAUUGCAUCAUCAUCACCAUCAUCAUCAUCACACUCAGCCACAUCAACAUCAUUUACAUCCUCAUCAACUACCACCACAUCAUCAAAAUUCCGUCAUUCAAGAUGAACAUAAGCCUUUUGUUUGCGCUGGCUGUGGGGAUCUGAUCACAGAGCGCUACUAUUUAAAUGUGGCCAACAAUGCUUGGCACUUUAACUGCUUGAAAUGUUACGAGUGCAAGUCUACGCUAGACACGGAACGGUCAUGCUACGAACGGAUGGGUAACUACUAUUGUAAAGAGGAUUAUCAAAGGUUAUUUAACACUCAACGAUGUGCAAGAUGCGGGAUGGGUAUUCAGUCAACAGACUUGGUGAUGCGAGCCAAAAACCACAUCUAUCAUGUAUCGUGUUUUACUUGUUUCACCUGCAACAAAGCGUUGCAGGCGGGGGACACAUUUGGACUUCGAGAACAUUUUGUAUACUGCCAGGUCCAUUACGAGGAUUCCUAUCAGUCGGAGUACAUUUCUUUGUCUCCAGACAUGAACGCAAAUCAAGCCCCUUACUAUAAUGGGGUAGGGACCUUACAAAAAGGAAGGCCUCGGAAACGACGCAGCCCCAACUUGAAUUCCGAAGAGUUUGCACAAAAUAUGGGACUUGGUCACGAUGGACUCGAUCGAUCCACAGACCAUCUGGAUAGAGACACAUACCAGAAUGCACCGCGGCAAAAACGGAUGAGAACUUCGUUCAAGCAUCACCAGCUGAGAGCUCUUAAGUCAUAUUUUGCAGUCAACCAUAAUCCAGAUGCAAAGGAUUUAAAGCAUCUGGCACAGAAAACAAAUCUUACAAAACGUGUUUUACAGGUUUGGUUCCAAAAUGCAAGAGCGAAGUAUCGAAGAAAUUGUCAAAAGCAAGACCAAGAUAGAGUCCCAGGAAAUGGUCAGUCAGGACUCACACCCUCUAACCAAAGUAGCGAAAAUGGAAGCAACUCGGAAAUCCAGACAGUUGGAGAUUUAUCAAACGAACGAUCGCCUGGUUUAUCCGAUAUUAGCUCAACUCCAUCUUUACAAGGAAGUUGCCUCGAUUCAGAUCAGUCAAACAGCCUUUCUGAUUUCCUGUCGGGAAAUUUUGCAUAAAGAGGGUAUUAUUGAAAGAAAAUUAAGUACAUACACACUUUAUAAAGACUACGCACUCCAGAUGGUGUACUCAAGUACCUAUUGUGUACUUCUGACAAAAAGUUUGCAAUUCAAUGAGCAAUUGCAAAUUAAAUUAACAAGGAGAAAAUAUAAGAAUUAUAAACCCAAUAUAUGUACGCUAUAUAUAUAUAUAUAUGUAUACACGCUUACAUACAUAAUACAUAUAUAUAUAUAUAUAUGUAUAUGUAUAUAUAUAUACACACACACAAACAUAAUGAAGCACUAAUGAUGCUAAAGUAAUUAUGACAAUAACAAUGAUAACGUUGACGAUGAUGAUGAUGAUGAUGAUGAUGAUGAUGAUGAUGAUGGGGAUGAUAAUGAUGUCGAUGUUGAUGAUGAUGAGGUUGUUGAUAAUAAAUGAUAAUAAAAGUAAUUAUGGCGAUGACGAUGAUGAAAAUAACGUUGGCGAUAAUGACAACGUUGAUGACGGCAAAGAUGAUGAUCUUGGUGAGGAUGGUGAUGAUGAUGAUGAUGAUGAUGAUGAUGAUGAUGAUGAUAAGGAGGAGGAGGAAGAGAAAAUGGAAAACGAUCAAGAUAAUAAUAUAGCAAUUACACAAAGUUAAAAGUUGUUACUCACACACACAGGCACACACAUAUACACACAUGUAGAACUUACUAGAAGUGAUGUACAACUUUAUAUAUUAAGAAAAAGGAGAUUGUUCAAAAUUUUGACUACCACUUUUUCCUUAAUAUAUACAUACAUACAUACAUACAUACAUGCGCAUAUAUAUAUAUAUAUAUAUAUAUAUUAUAUAUAUAUAUAUUAUAUAUAUAUAUACAUAUAUAUAUAUAUAAUAUAUAUAUAUAUAUAUCUAUAUAUAUAUAUAUAUAUAUAUAUAUAUAUAUACUUGAAUGUAUAUAUGUAUGUAUUUAUGUACAGUUGAUGCAUAAGUUGGCAGAUUAGCAUAUAAGUUCCCUCUGCACAUUCUUAAUACUAGAAAGAAAUGCAAUAUAAGAUACAGAUAUUGUUAAAAUUAAGAAAACAAAUACAUUAACAAACCAAAAUAGACACAGAUUACCAAGGAAGACCAUUAUCAUGUUUGAUACAUCAGCAGUAUACAUAUACUAAAAGCUGCAACAAGACAUACUUGAAACUAGAGUGAAACAAACCUCAAACUGUAAACAGACUAUUUUAUUAUGAACAAAAACUAGAUAUAAAUAAGGUAACACAGUGGCUUUGUAUGAAAAGAAAUGUAAAAAAAAUAAAAAUAAAAAUAAA